CUCCAUUCACUCGUCCUCUCUUUCUCUCUAGGCUCUUUGCUCUCUCUUCCCACUCAAACCAUGAUUUCCCUACCAUGGAAAACCAUUGUACUCACUCUACUUCUCCUCCACAUAACUUUCUCCUUUGAAGCAGAAGCUUUUCCUUCUCUGCUCGAUAGAAUUACAGGGUUGCCGGGUCAGCCCCCAGUCGGGUUCCAGCAGUAUUCGGGUUAUGUGACCGUUGAUGAGAAAAAACAGAAAGCUCUGUUUUACUACUUAGCUGAAGCAGAAAUAGAUCCAGCUUCCAAGCCUCUUGUCCUCUGGCUCAAUGGAGGUCCUGGUUGUUCUUCCCUUGGAGUCGGGGCAUUUUCUGAGAACGGACCGUUCAGGCCCAAAGGAGAAGUCUUGGUUCGAAAUGAACAUAGCUGGAAUACAGAAGCAAACAUGCUGUACCUGGAGACACCAAUUGGAGUGGGGUUCUCUUACUCAACGGAUACUUCUUCCUAUGAGGGUGUAACCGAUCGCAUCACCAGCCAGGACAAUCUUCUCUUCUUGCAAAAGUGGUUAGAAAAGUUUCCCCAAUACAGAAAUAGAAGUCUGUAUAUUACUGGAGAAAGCUAUGCUGGUCAUUAUGUUCCUCAGCUAGCAGAACUCAUGCUCCAAUUCAAGAAGGAAUAUCAGUUCAAUUUGAAAGGAAUUGCUUUGGGCAAUCCAGUCCUAGAAUUUGCAACUGACUUAAAUUCAAGAGCUGAGUUCUUCUGGUCUCAUGGGUUGAUAUCUGAUUCAACAUACAACAUGUUCACUUCCGUUUGCAACUACUCGCGGUAUGUAAGUGAAUAUUACAGAGGCUCACUUUCGCCUAUUUGUGCGAUGGUGAUGAGCCAAGUGAGCAGAGAAACCAGUAAAUUUGUUGACAAGUAUGAUGUCACCCUUGAUGUUUGUAUAUCAUCUGUGGUCUCCCAAUCCAAAGCCCUCCUUCCUCAGGAAGUUGCUGACACAAUAGAUGUAUGCGUAGAUGAUGAAAUAGUUAAUUAUCUGAACAGGCCAGACGUGCAGAAGGCGCUUCAUGCUCGUCUUGUUAGAGUUCGUCAAUGGGCAGUUUGCAGCACCAUACUGGAUUAUCAGCAGCUGGAUGUGGAGAUACCAACGAUCACAAUCGUAGGCAAACUCAUCAAAGCAGGAAUACCAGUCUUGGUUUACAGUGGCGACCAAGAUUCUGUUAUCCCGUUGACUGGAAGUCGAAAGUUAGUUAACGGACUUGCAGAGCAGUUAAGAUUAAGUACCACUGUACCUUAUAGAGUCUGGUUUGGAGGGCAGCAGGUUGGUGGAUGGACUCAAGUUUAUGGUAAUAUGCUCUCUUUUGCCACCAUUAGAGGAGCAUCACACGAAGCGCCAUUCUCGCAGCCUGAGAGAUCACUCGUGCUGUUCAAGUCGUUUUUGGAGGGCCGGCCUCUACCAGAAGUAUUCUGAUCUACUGAUCAGUUAGGGUCCGAAUUGAGAUUGUAUUGCAUUUGUUUGUUACUUGUAACAUGUUUCAUGGGUUUUCCAUGCUGUGGAAAGUAGAAUUUUGUAAAAAUUUGAAAAAAAAAAAAAGGAGGUAAAGAAAGGGAGUGCUUUUGUCAAAUUUCAAGUUUCCAUUUUUGUAUAAUAAUAUUUCAAGUAAUUGAUCUGUUUGAAUUA